AUGUUGAGAUUAAAACUGAACUCUACCAGCGAAGAUUCCUCGUCGAUUCCUUUGACAAGCGAAUACCCAUUAGCUGUGAGAAGUUUUGAAGAAGUGAUCUUUGAAAUUAUCAUUGGUUGUGUUUUGUGUCUGCUUGGCGUAACAGGGAACGGCUUAGUUUGUUAUGUCAUACACCGGAGCCGCUACACAAAAUCUUCGAUGUAUUUCUUCAUGGCACAACUUGCUGUUGCAGACAUCCUUGUCUCAUCGAUCUCAAUACCUCUGACUUUGGUCUCUACGUAUCCGAGACCGCUUCUUCUGCUUCAAGGCGAUAUUCCCUGCAAAAUGGUCCGUUUCCUGCAGUACCUUCUUCCGCCUGCAUCUGUAAACAUCCUAACUGCCACUGCAGUCGAUAGAUUCCUCCUUAUUUGUUACCCACUGAAGUUUUUGUACCGAACGAAAGUCAAAUUCCUCGCAAUUUUCUGCUGGGUGUCCGCUGUAAUUACUGCAAUGCCAGUGCUGUAUCUGGUAAAUUCUCGUCCCGUUACGCUGAACAAUGAGGUUUACAAGUUCUGUGCCAUAAAGGAAACAUCCUCAUUUGCCAAACUUGGUUCAACUUAUUUAACAGUUCGAGGAAUUUUGGCAUUUCUUUUUCCUCUUUUGAUAAUCGUACUACUUUAUUACAACAUUUUAAAAACAGUAUGGAGGAAAAACACCAUCAAGAGCCGAAAGCGACGAAAUGUGAUCAAGAGUUUGGGUUUGGUUGUUUGCGCGUUCUUUGUGAGUUGGGCUCCAUUUUCAGUCAUAUCAAAAUAUUCGAUCCUCGUAGAAAAGCGAUACGACACAAUUUCCAGAGCUGAAUUAAUAACAUUUUGGAUUGGUCUGUCAGCAUCUGCGUACAACCCUGUUAUCUACGCAUUUUACAACAAAAAUUUUCGAGACGCUUUUCGCGACGUUUUUCUUCGUAGAAAAGAGAGGAGAAAAACUCCAGUUACCUUUAACCCUAAUGUGAAAGCUAUGAAAGAAGUUGUGGAAGGUACGAUUCCUGACUUGAAAUCUGGUGCACCUAUAUUGCUUAAACACACAAGGGUUGCUUAA